AUGGGUAUAGUAUGUAGGCAUGGUUUUUUUGCACUGAACCAAGCUGAUGUAACAAAAAUUCCAAGGCAUCUUGUUGUGAACCGAUGGACAAAAGGUGCUGAGAUGAGGCAUUCAUUGCAGUUCAAGGAAAUAUCAGAACAGUGCAAUGCAAUUGAAGUUACAAAUCGCAAGUUGAAUGACAUAUGGUAUGAUUUCCAAUCCUGUGUGAGUUUGGCAGGUUUAGAUGGUGAGAGACUUGACUACUUGGAAGGGAAGUUGAAGGAGUUGAAGCACAGUUUGCGUGAAUCUAGUUGGAAAUUUGACAUACAGAACAAAAAUGAUGUAAUGGAGUUUUUUGUUGGCUCAAAAAUACCAGCGGAAGUGAUCGUUAAACCUCCCAUUGAAGGUAGAAACAAGGGGUGUGGACGGAGAAUUGUUGGUGAUUAUGAGAAAUCAAUUACUCAACGAAAGAAAAAGGUGCCAAGGCUGUGUAAUAUGUGCAAAAAAAUCGAUUUCCAUGACGCACGGACAUGCCCAUUAAAGAAAACAAUACAGCAGAGUGAUGUUUAA